CAGCUGGUUUAUUUGACAGUUGGGUUGAAGCACCUGUGGCUAAAGCCAAGCCGUGGCAGUGAUUUUACUUUCUGGCCCUGGAUUUCACUGUUGAAAGGUAGGAGAAGGGUAAAAAUCAAAUUCCUAGGCUCUAUUUAUGUUGUGGAACACAGUGAAGACAGUCACCAUCAAGUGGGGGCAAUAUGGCACAGCUCAGAACUGGAUGAAUGAAAAAUGAGAAGUAAAUAAAUCAAGGAGGGUGUCAUGAGGUCGGAGUUUGUCCUCUUCAUAUGUCUGAGCCAUGGGGUAAGUUGACAAGAUUGACGCUUCAUCUCAGAAAGAAAACAAGUCCAACUUCAUCGUGCAAAAACACACUUGAAUUACCCUAACUGGCCAAACCAACUUUGGAUUUUUGGGCCAUGAUAAUCAUAAUGUUUUACGGAAACACAACACUGCUAAUCACCAAAAGAACACCACACCAAUAUGAAAGCAAGUUCUUGAACAUUUUUUAUUUUCCCCAGUUUUUCAAUGUCUAUAUCAUUUGAAUUGAACAAAUGAUAUGGUCACAUUUAGAGUGGAAAAAAUUUAGAAAUUAUUUAGCCUCAUCUCGUUUUUUGACGGGACAAAAACAUUUUUGAAUAACAGUAUUUUUUUGUGUCACUGCAUCAAAAUUUCUUUGCAAAAUGUAAACGCAUUGUGCAUUCUUUGCAGAAACUUGCCGUACGACCACAGCCAAGAUGGCAGCCGUCAUAGCCAAACGAGAAGGACCGCAGUUCAUCAGCGAAGUAGCCAUGAGGGGCAAUGCCGCCGUCCUGGACUACUGCCGCACCUCCGUGUCAGCGCUGUCCGGGGCUACCGCCGGUAUCCUGGGCCUGACGGGACUGUAUGGCUUCAUUUUUUACUUUUUGUCCUCCUUCCUCCUGUCUUUGCUGCUCAUUCUCAAGGCCGGACGACGAUGGAACAAGUGCUUUAAAUCCAGGCGGCUCCUCUUCACCGGGGGCCUGGUUGGAGGUCUUUUCACCUACGUCCUCUUCUGGACUUUCCUCUAUGGAAUGGUGCACGUGUACUAAAAUAACCCGCAUUCUCCUUAAACUAAUUGCAUUUUGUUUGAGCUGUAGAUGAGCCAAAAAUAGAUUUUAAUGUUAUUCCAUAAUGACCUGCUGACAUGACAUUUUUCCUUUCUCCUCACACACUCAACAAUGCCUUUUAAUAACUCCAGGCCUCACCUGAUUUAUGAUACUACCCAGGAUUAUUAUUUGGAUGUAGUCUAACAGACAGUAGCACAUCAUAUCCUAAACAAGGUGCAACUAUUUGUUGUUGCACCUUUCUGUAUCGUCUUGAAGUUCAAUACAAAGAAAUGUGAUUACUGAUUGGAAUAAAUACAUCUGUACUUA